AAGAAAAAUUAAGGACCAUCAAUCCAUCAUCCAAUUCGAGAGAUGGGGGACGUGGAGAGGGUGAAGGCGGAGGCAGUGCAAAUGAUGGGAGCAUUUCAAGUGCUACCAAGGUUAUGCGUUUUCGAUCUCGAUUACACUCUUUGGCCUUUCUAUUGUGAGUGCCGCUCCAAGCGGGACACACCUUCAUUGUAUCCUCAUGUCAAAGGCAUCUUGUAUGCACUCAAGGAUGAGGGGGUUGAUGUUGCCAUUGCUUCUAAAUCACCAACUCCUGAUAUAGCAACCACUUUUCUUGACAAAUUGAGCAUCAGGUCAAUGUUUGUUGCCCAGGAAAUAUUUUACAGUUGGACACACAAAACAGAUCAUUUUCAGAGAAUUCAUUCAAGGACUGGAGUCCCCUUUAACUCUAUGCUGUUUUUUGAUGAUGAUGAUAAUAACAUCCAAGUGGUCUCAAAAAUGGGAGUAACAAGCAUUUUGGUUAGAAAUGGGAUAAAUCUUGGAGCAUUUAGAGAAGGCCUUACAAGAUUUUCCCAAAACUGGGAUGCGCCAAAGGACAAGCAGAAACGGCGUACGUAAUACUCUCUGAAGGCAGAUACUUCCAACGAUGGUGCACGGAAUAGAAUAUCCAAAUGAAUAUCUCUAUGUGCAUUUAUUCAGAACUACAUCAUUUGACGAUUUCAACUAUGUUUGUGCCUAUUACUCUCCAUUCUCAAGAAAAAAGAAAGCAUAUAUUGGAGCAUUUUUAAUACAAAUGUUAGAUGUAUACAUGGAUGAAUGAAAAUCUCAAAAUGCUAAAAAAGCAAGUAGAAAUAGCUCACGAAGUACUGUGAGAAG